UGGCUGUUUUGUUUUGUUAUUGCUGUUGAACUAAGAAUUGAAAAUAUGGACAAAGAAAAAUUGAUUGCACCCAAUCAAAUUGGGUACUUGAUACUUAAAGAUGAUGGAGCGGUGCUGGAGUCGGGUGGUGAGCUGAAGAAUGACGAACGCAGCGCUAAUGUCAUAAUGGGACUGCUUAAUCUAACGGAAAGCAUUGAUGAGAGCUUUAUACCAAACAGCAGCUGUGAGCGCAUAACAAUAGACUACGAGCAUCAUAGCUAUAGCAUAUGUAUGUCUAAUCGCCGCAUCUAUAUUGUAAAAUUAAGUAAAACACAGAACGGCGCCACAACCAGUUCGUCGUCCUCCACAAGCGUGUAUAACGACGCCAACGAGGGAGGCAACAUUAAUGGGGCCAGCACAAGCAGUAGUACGGUGAUGGCUUGAAAACCAGCGACGCAGCCCAGCGC